UUUCCCUUUCCACCCUCUUCCGAUGAAGCGCAAGAAAAAAUAGUGAUAAUUCCUUCUACGAAGUAAUUUAACUUCAUAAUCAUCGAGCCACCUGGGUUUUUCACAGUGCAGGAAAGUCGAGUAUCAACAGUCACUCCAGUGGAAAUGCGAGACAAGGUGGAAAUUCUUGGGACAGUGCCCAAGCCCUCAAAACGUUCAAAAGCGGAUGUGAAGUACAGUACUGAGCUGAAUCGUUGGUUCCUGACGCUAAUCGGUAUCUGGCCAACUCGAAGCGACGCUCACAUUCUCAAGAAAAUACUCUCCGAGAUUCUCUUCUUCCUCUCCUGCUUCCUGCUUUUUUUUGCCAUGGUUCCUGCCGUACUUCACACCAUCUUAAAGGAGAAAGAUCCACAGCGCAAGAUGAAGAUGACUGGACCGUUGAUUUUUCACGCGAUUGUCAUCAUUAAGCAUUUUAUCCUGGUGAUGAAGAAACGGGAAAUUCGAGAGUGUCUCGAGCACAUGGAUGUCGAUUGGAGAAGAGUUGCACAUUCAGACGAGCGAGAGAUCAUGCUGAUGAAAGCGAAAUUCGGGCGGUUCAUCUUUUUGCUGGACGCUGUCUUUAUGUACAGCGGGGGUUUUUUCCACAGCGUGAUCGUGCCACUUUCAAUGGACAGUUUUGUCACUCCUGACAACAUCACAAUUCGACCGCUAUCUUAUGCUGUUUAUGAGCCACUCUUCUCUACCCAAACUAAAACGGCAUAUGAAAUAGUCUUUACCAUUCAGUACGUCUCUGCAUUCGUUGCUAACACUAUUACCAUCGGAUGUUCCGGUCUUGCUGGUCUAUUUGUUCUCCAUAUAUGUGGACAGUUCAACAUUGUGAGAUCAAGAUUGGAGAGUUGGGUGAGGGGAAGGACAGAUGAAAGCAAAAAUGUGGAGGAACGAAUGGCAGAGAUCAUUUACCUUCAUCUGCGAGCUCUUAAGUUUGGCGCCCAAGUUGAAAUGAUUUUGACUGAAAUCUGUCUAAUCGACUUCGUUGGUAGCAUCAUACACAUUUGUUUCCUUGGAUACUACUUUAUAACAGUAAUGGGAAAAAUUUAUUUGGAUAAUUUGUGGAGGUGGGUUGAAAUGUCAUUGUCUGACGAAUUUGAACAGAAUGCCGCGAUAUGUAUCGCUACCUACUGCGUUCUCUUAGUGUCUCUCACCUUCAACAUUUUUAUAUUUUGUUAUAUUGGUGAACUGCUGACUCAACAGGGUGAAAAAAUUGGAACUACUGCAUAUAUGAUUCCCUGGCAUGAACUUCCACCGAAAAAUUCAAGGGCUAUAAUUCUUAUUCUCGCGAUGACCAAGCAGCCGGCUACAAUCACAGCUGGAAAAAUGGUGGAAUUAUCCAUUCGAAGUUUUUCCACAGUACUUAGAACAGCGGCUGCUUAUCUCAAUCUCCUGCGAACCAUUUCCAUAUAGUCCGAAUAAUGAUAGAAUAUCUAUUCUCACAUAAUUAAUAUGAAAAAAAAAAUUCUAUAUGAAUUCUAACUGGUCCCGAAAUAGCCUCUCCAUGAGCUUUGUAAGAUUUUUGAAAUUUUAUUCACAUUGUAGAAUAAUGUCAAAGUCCGCAC